UGUAGUUGUAGUCUUGUACGGCACUACGACUGUACGUUUCCGACGUUUGUGCCUACUGCCUACUACUUUGUAGUCCGUACUCUGUGAACUGCGUAGCCUACCCUGAGGCCCUGCUCGUCUUUGGGCUACGAUAAUUGAUAUCUUAGCGUACUGCGUUUGUGCGUCGGUUCAUUAGUAUCUUAAUCUUACGCACUUUUGUUUACGUGUUUUUACUUCAGUGGCCAGUUGUACUCCAAUCGCUAUAAGUCACUCGAAUUUACCGCAUUGGUGCAUUUUCCGUUUGGUCAACGCCAUGUCGUUCGUCCAAGUUUCCGAAACAAACGACGGUGAUAAAGAGGUGGUGGACUUGCCGUUGGAAAAAGAUGGCACCCUCUUGUUGUCCACGCUUCGUGCACAAUAUCCGGACGCUUGUGGCUUAAAGUACGUAGCUCCGGAUAAUGGCCGAACUCGAGCUCUACGGCUUGCCGAUGAUAAGCUACAUCCACCUACUGAUGAUGGGUGGGGCGACAUUGUAUACUUUUGUUCAUUCAACAAGGAUAAUGGACAGAAAAGGAAAUUGAACGAAGAAUUUGAAAGUGAUGUUGAGCGAGCAUCCAAGGAUCCCAAGUCUGAGGCAACAUCAACAGCUUGGAAGAAUCGUGAUUUACUUGUGCUCGGUUUACCAUGGAAAACGACUGAUGAGGACUUAGAAAGUUACUUUAGUAAAUACGGUGAACUGCGCAUGGCACAAAUUAAAAAGACAACUGAUGGUAGAUCAAGAGGUUUUGGAUUCAUACGAUUUAAAGAACAAGAAUCUCAAGUGCGGUCAAUGUUAGAUUCUCAUGUGAUAAAUGGAAGGAGAUGUGAGAUAAAAAUUCCAAACAUUAAGGAUGCAUUUAUAAAUGAAGCGCCCAAGAAAAUAUUUGUGGGGCAACUGACUGAAAGUAUAACUCAAGAAGAUCUAGAAGACUAUUUUAAAAAAUUUGGAGACAUUGUUGAAGUGUUUGUUCCUCGUCCAUUUAAAGGGAUUGCCUUUGUUUCAUUCACCAAACCAGAUGCUGCACUCACUGCUCUUGACCAGGAUCAUACUAUCAAAGAUAUUCGUCUCAGUGUGUCUGUUGCUAUGCCUAAAGAUAAGGAUCAAAGGUCACGUGGUGGACGCAGUAGUGGCGGCGGCGGUGGUGGUGGUGGAGGUGGAAGUGGUGGAAACCCAUAUGGUGGUCGUAUGAGAGGAAGUCGAGAUUCCUACAGUAGUCGUGAUCACUACUAUGAUAAUGGUGGUUGGGAUGAUUAUGACCGAGGCAGUAGUUAUUCAGAUCGUUAUAGAAAUAGUCGUUAUGAUAGAAAACCAUAUGAUAGCGGCAGAUCUUACAAUUCUGGGCAAGUAUGGAGAAAAAACGAAUAUUCUGAUUCAUCGUCUGUAUCCCAAUCUAAAGAUGUUGGUGGCCAGUUUGAUCCGAAUUUAGUAGCUGCAGUUGUAGAAAAGACAGUGAGAGGAGUAAUUGGAAAUAUGAGCAAAUAUGAAUAAUGUACCUAAAUAAAUUCAAUCUCAUCUUAUUAGGUAUAUGUAUUUUGACUUAUAAUUUUAAUUUUUAAUGACUUAUAAUUGUAUUACAAUUUAAACUGAGUACUUAUUUAAAUUUUCUUAUUAAUUGUCAAAAUCACUUAACAAAUUUAUCAUUUGUUUAAUAUUUGUGAUAAUCAAAAUCUUAAAAAAAAACAAGAUGUACACAUUAAUAAUCAUUAAGCUUAAGUUUUAGUAUAAUAUAUAUAUUAAUAUGUGAGAUAAAAUAUUUUUUUUUUCACAAAAUAUUUUAAGUAUUUUACUAUUUUGUUAUUUUUUUUUUCAAGUAGUGAUUUUUUCAACUAUUGUAAUGACAUUAAUUCUCUUUGAGUGUACAUCUAUAUUAUAUUCAAUAUUUUAUCUUUGCAUUAGUAUUGUUUUUUUACCAAAUACUACGAUGCCAUUUAACUUGAUUCAUUCUGUUGUCAAUACACAUUAUAAUAUAUGAUAACAAAUUUAAAAAUGGUUUAAGCUGAAACAUUGUUUGAUGGAUAACUUGAACUCAAAUUGAUUUACUGAUACUUACAAUAAAAUGCUGAAAUAAUGUUAAAUACA